AUGGUGAAGGAAGCUAUUGUGGCCUUGAAGGAAAGAACUGGUUCAAGUGUGCCUGCCAUUGCCAAGUAUAUCGCUCAAAAGCACCCAGACCUUCCUGCCAACUGGAAGAAGACCCUGGCCAUUCAACUGAAGAACUUGACCAAGGCUGGCAAACUUGUGAAGGUGAAGGCUAGUUUCAAGCUUGGAGGUGAAUUGAAGCAAGCGAAGCCUGUUCGUGCUCCAGCGAAGAAGACCCCCACGACAGUGAAGAAGGUGGCGAAGCCUAAAGCUGCGUCGAAGCCACGACCCAAGGCUGUUCCGAAGGCUGUCAAGUCCGCGAAGCCAUCGACUCCGAAGAAGGUUGCGACGCCUGCCAAGUCCCCCGCGAAGAAGCCUUUGCGCGCAGCCCCGAAGGUUAGGAAGGUGACGGAUAAGAAGCCAGCGGUCAAGAAGGUGACACCCAAGGCAAAGGCUCCAUCGCCAAAGAAGGUCAAGACAGCUGCUCGGGCUUCUCCUAGGAAGCCACCACCGGCCAAGAAGGCCAAGACAGCUGCUAAGAAGUGA